UUAAUAAGAGGAGACAGGCGGGGGAAGCGGGGCUGCAGAAGAACUCUCUGUACUUGAUGCACAAUUUUUCUGGAAGCCUAAAGCUGCUCUAGAAAAUAAUUAUUAGUUAUUAAUUAAAAAAAUUCUACUUUGCAAAGGCAAGAUUGGGACGGACGGCAGGAAGCAGGUGCCCACGCGGGUGCCGUGGGGGCAGGGAUGGCCGUCUGGGGCGUCCACAAACCACAAGCCCAAUGGCGUGCGCCAGGCACCUGCUGCUGCUGCUGUCGCUGCUGCCCAUGAGCAUGGCCUGGAAGCCCAAGAGCUUGUUCCUGUUCAAUAAGAGGACGGGAGAAGCGUGCAGCGACCACUCCGAGUGCCAGAGCCGCUGCUGCGUCCCCAACAGCCCCAACCCGCAGGCCUUCUGCGCCGCCAAGACCCUCUUCCUCCAGUGCGUGCCCUGGCGGAAGCCCAACAGGGACCCGUGCUCUGACCACGCCGAGUGCCGCAGCAGCUGCUGCGUCACCAACAGCGCCAGCUCGCAGACGUUCUGCAGGCCGCGGGGCAUCUUCCUGCAGUGCACGCCUUGGCGCAGGCCCGACGGCGCCCGCUGCGGCCACCACCGGGAGUGCCGGAGCCAGUGCUGCAUCGCGCUCAGCGAGGUCAGCUGUCCCCGCUGCGUCCGCCGGAGCGGCCUCCUGGCGCAGUGCCUGCCCUUGGUGCGGUGCCAUCGGCUCCUCGAGGAGCCCCGGGCACAGCGGGUGUUCCCGGAAACGUGUUCCCUGCUGGGCUCCCACGGCUGCCCUGGCCGCAGGCGAGCUGAUGGCCGAGGGGGGCGGAGAGCUGUGAGGCACCUGUCUCCCCCGUGCAUGUGGCACUUUCUCUCACUUGGUCCUUCAGUGACAGGGGAGCUUGGCUCUCGGGUCCACGCUGCUCUCUCCCGGCUGUGAGGACCUGGAGGCGGCAGACGUGUCUGUCCCUUCUCCCAGCGGGGAGCUCCUGAGGCAGACGGUGCGCGUGUCCGGGGACAAACUGCGGCUCCCAGAACCUUCCCACCAAUAAACACCUGCUGACUCACCCGG